CCGCCAUCAUCAAAAAAAAAAAAAAAAAAAAAAAAAGGGCAACCGCCCCGCGACCACCUCUCCUCCUCCACCUCCUCGCCGCGAUCCCCCCAUAUAAACCAGCAUCACCGUCCCCUCCGCUGCGCUCCCCACGACGCCACGCGCGAUCGCCAUGGGGGACUGGACGGGGCUCCACGAGGACCUGCUGCUCCUCGUCGUCGGUCGCCUCCCGGCCCUCGACCUCCUCCGCUUCCGGGCCGUCUGCGCAUCCUGGCGCGCCGCCGCCGCCUACUUCGCCGCCCGCCGCGGCAGCCCUCUCCCCGACCGCCCAUGGCUCCUCCUCCCCACAGAUGUCGCUGCAGACCACGACCGCGGCCGCCUAAUCGCCUACCGCGACCGCGAGGUCCCCGUCGUCACCCUCCCCGCGCGCCUCGGUCGCGUGAACCCGCGCCGCUUCGUGCCUCUCGGCUCCGCCCGCGGCGCGAUCGUCGCCGCGGAUGACCGCGGGGAGAUGCACUUGCUUAACCUCAUCACCGGCAAGCGCAGGCCGCUCCCGCCCGUUGCCACGCUCCCGCUCAUCGACCGCGUCGAGGGCCUCCACGUCCACCACCACGGUGGCGGCGUCGCCCGCAUCGACGGCCUGAUCCACAAGACCGUCCCGGUACCCACCCCGGGCGGCGGGGUCAUGGUGGUAGCCAUCUACCGGCACCAGCAGCACCGCAGGCAGUGGGCCACGGCGCGCCCCGGCGACCGCGCGUGGAAGUCCGUGGCGCCGACCAGCAUCCCCACCGUGGUCGACGUGGUCGUGCACAAAGGGCAGCUCUACGCCAACACGCGGUACGGGAUGAUGUACGUCUUCCCCGAGCUGCGCGGUCUGGGCUCUGCGUCCCCCGAGAUCAUCCCAUCCGUGACGCGUCGCCCGAGCGCGUACUUGGAGCGCAGCUUCCUGGUGGAGUCCCCCCGCGGCGAGCUGAUGCAGGUGGAGCUUCUCCGCCCCGUGGCGGCGGCGGGCGGGGAGGGGUUCGUGGUGCGCGUGCUCGACGAGUGCAGCGAGACGUGGGAGGAGACGGAGGACAUCGGCGACGCCGCGGUGCUCGUGGACGCGACGGGCGCCGUGGCCGCGUCCACCGCGGAUUGCCCCGCGCUGAGGCCGAACACUGUGUACUUCGCCGUGGACCUCGAGGGGGAGACGCGGGUGUGGGCGUACAGCCUCGCGGGCAAGCACAAGAGGAUCGAGGUCGUGGAGGCGCUCCCCACCGCGGAGGGGUACAAGCCGCCCUGCUUCUGGUUCGCGCCGGUCUAUUCGCAGCCGUGAACACAAAUCCGCGAUGCGUCCGCGACAGUUUGUUGCGUUCUGUAUCUUGGGACGAGAGUUUGCUGGUACUGGGCAAUUCCUCCUAGGUCUAGGUAACGGGAUGAUUCGUUCACGAGUUGCUGCGAUUUGCAUGUAUCGCGUUGGGCGACCACAAUGUAAAAAAACUGAUCUAUAUGACAUUUUAAAGUUAUUUAUAACUAUUGUAAGAGCAA